UCAAUUUGAACAGGAUUUUUAUAAAAAUAAUGGGGAUAUUUAGGACACUUUAGCAAGAGUUGGUUCUUCUUGAGUGCUCUCAUUGGUUUGUUGUUUUAUUUCCUCUUUCUCUGAAAGUUUAGCUGCUCUCAGAUCAGUAAUUUCUACUUCUAAAAUUGUUGGCUCACUAGCAUUUGGUUCAACAGCUUCUGGUUUAGAAUUUGUCAAAUCCACAAUAUUUAGCUUUGAGUUAUCUAAGACACUAGCCUCUUCCCUACCAACUUGAGCUGGAUCCUCAAGUACUUUAUCCAGUUCAAUGUCAAUAUCUGCUAUUGAUGAAAGAUUAGUGAUUUCUUCAUGAUUUUCAUUAAUUGAGAGCUCCUCUGGUGGGACCACCGGUCUAAUCUCCAACUUUGUGAAUACUUUCUUCUUCACAUCCUGCUGUUGCUUCUCUUGAGGAUUACUCUCAUUAAGUUGUCUACUCCUCAACUUAUCUUGCUCGGCAGUUUCUAGAUACUUUUUAGGCACAUAGAAUGAAAUUGGCAUAUCAGCUGUAGAAUUCCCCAAUUUGUCUCUUCUUGAUAGGAUUCUUCCAUUUAGUUCAUCUUUGAGAAAUUGGAGGCUGGAAGGAGCCUUCCUUUGGCAAUUCUGGAUAUCGAUGGCCAUGAUUUCCUGGGUGUUCUUGAUGUCGCCUUUUUCCUUUGAAGCCGUGUCGAGAGCCAGGUUUGUGAGGCAUCCUUUGGGGCUUUUGGUACUCGUAAUUGGGCUGGUAAGCUGGGUAAUGAGGAUAUUGAGGCUGUCCUUGGUUGUAGUAAUUCAUGUAAGGCCCUACACCUGGCUGUUCGUACCCGUUAGGGUAAGCAUAACAAUAUUGGUCGUAAUAUGGAUAAGCAUGGACUUGAUUGGGGUCUUGAUAAUAGCCAUAUCCACUCGGAUUCCAGUAUUGUCCAGGACUAUUUGGAGGAGAGCUCUGCCAGUUUCUUUGCUCAUUGUUCGAUGAUUUUGGGUAAGUAUGAUUCUGAUAGGGAUUCAUUUAUUAAACUUAUUGUUUUUAUUUUUCGCACUUAUUGAUGGCUUAAUCUACUUUUUGAUGGGGUAUCUAAUUUAUUAAAACUUUUCAAUAUUUUG